AUGAUGGCAUCUCCAUCAGAACUAAGCCUGGAGUGCAAACCUCAAAGCUACUCUAUGCUACUCAAAUCAUUCGUCGGCGAUCACAAUAACCCAACAGACAGCCAGGCAACCCAUAAGCUAGAAGAAUACCUCAAUCGCCUCGAGGAAGAACGGCUCAAGAUUGAUGCUUUCAAGCGUGAGCUACCUCUCUGCAUGCAGCUUCUCACCAAUGCCAUGGAGGCAUCAAGGCAGCAGUUACAGUCUCAGAAAGGGAAUCAAGGCGCAAGGCCGGUUCUUGAAGAGUUUAUGCCCCUCAAACUUUCCAACUUGGAAGGAUCUGAUCAAAAGUCAGCAAACAUUGCAGACAAAGCCAAUUGGAUGGUAUCUGCACAACUAUGGAGUCCAGCAGGUGACACGAACAAGCUACAUCCCUCAACAUUGCCUAAAUCUGAAGCUGAGACUGGCUUUGGUGUCAGCAGCCCUAAUCUGGCAUUGGACAACAAACAGAGAAAUGGGGGAGCUUUUCUUCCAUUCGCUAAAGAACGGAACUCAGUACCCGACAAUUCAAACUUAAGGUCACUUCCACAUUUGGCUCUAGCCUCAAAUGAGAGAGAAUUACAAGACAAUAGGUGUAUGGACAGUGAAAAUGGAUUAAGUGGAUCAAGGAGUGAUAAUUCUAGCAAGGGAGGAAAUGUGGUGGCUGGCAUGGCCACAGAUGGUCAAACACCCAUCACAACAAGCACCACCACAACCACAAAUCAGACUAACAGGAAAGCAAGAAGGUGUUGGUCACCGGACUUGCACCGACGAUUUGUCAAUGCCCUUCAGAUGCUUGGCGGCUCACAAGUGGCUACCCCUAAACAAAUUAGGGAGCUAAUGAAGGUUGAUGGCCUAACCAAUGAUGAAGUGAAAAGUCAUCUCCAGAAAUAUAGACUUCACACAAGAAGACCAAGCCCAAGUCCUCAAGUAGCUGGAGGCCAAGCACCACAACUGGUUGUCUUAGGAGGAAUAUGGGUCCCACCAGAAUACGCCGCUGCGCAUGGCGGUGGACCCACCAUCUACAGUACUCACCCAAGUACCCAAGUCUCAUCACACUAUUGCUCACCAACAGUACAACCAGACUUCUACCCACAACAAAUGGUAACCCAACAAGCUCACCCUCAAGCACUGCACCACCCAGCCCUCCAUCAACACCAACACCACCAGCUACAUGUUUAUAAGACCAUCUCUCAUACACAAACUCAUAGCUUACCAGAAUCAGAUGCUCAGGGAGCAGCUGACCGGUCAGAGAGUAUCGAAGAUGGGAAGUCCGAUAGCAGUAGCUGGAAAGGUGAAAGCGGCGAGAAUGGAGGAGAGAGAAACAAGCUGGCAACAUUACGGGAUGAUGGUGAGGAGAGUAAUGGAAGCCAGAUUACAUUAAAGUUCUAGUUGGUUACUGUUGUAGGGUUAGGGUUAGGGUUUUUCCAACUUUUGUCCUGAUUCUUGUGUGAAUUAAUGUGUAGAGAGGGAGGAUAAAGAAGGCAUAAAGAGGAAGUGAGUGAGUGUUUUUGUUAACUACUACUAUAUUUCGUUUAUGUCCUAUUCACCAUCCAGUGAUAAAAAAAUUCAUGAAUACUCGGAAAAAGAACAAAAAAAUCAUAAGAGGACUACAACUUUUUGGUUAAUA